GGCGGCUGGAGCGGCGGCGGCGGCGGCGGGACCGGGCACCAUGGGUGUGAUAGGUGUACAGUUGGUGGUUACCAUGGUAAUGGCUAGUGUCAUACAGAAGAUCAUACCUCACUAUUCUCUUGCUCGUUGGCUUCUCUGUAGUGGCAGUUUACGAUGGUAUCAGCAUCCUACUGAAGAGGAACUACGGAUUCUUGCAGGGAAACAAAGAGGGAAGAGCAAAAAAGAUAGAAAAUAUAAUGGUCAUAUUGAGAACAAACCCCUAACUAUUCCAAAAGACAUCGAUCUUCACCUGGAAACAAAAUCUGUGACUGAAAGGGACACUAUCGCAUUACAUUAUUUUCCGGAAUAUCAGUGGUUGGUGGAUUUUACCGUUGCAGCUACAGUUGUGUAUGUCGUGACAGAAGCCUAUUACAGUAUCGUGAAGCCCUCACAAGAAAUGAAUAUCAGCGUGGUAUGGUGUCUGCUUGUCUUGGCUUUUGCACUUAAGGUACUGUUUUCGUUGACUACCCAUUAUUUCAAAGUAGAGGAUGGAGGUGAAAGAUCAGUCUGUGUCACCUUUGGAUUCUUCUUCUUCGUGAAAGCAAUGGCAAUUCUCAUUGUGACGGAAAAGUAUCUGGAGUUUGGACUGGAAUCAGGAUUCUCAAAUUUCUCAGAAAGUGCUAUGCAGUUUCUGGAAAAGCAGGGUUUGGAGUCCCAGGGUCCUGUGUCUAAACUAACCUUCAAAUUGUUCCUGGCUGUUCUGUGUUCACUUAUUGGUGCUUUUUUGACAUUCCCUGGCUUGCGACUGGCUCAAAUGCAUCUGGAUGCUCUGAAUUUAGCAACAGAAAAAAUAACACAAACAUUGCUACAUAUAAACUUCCUGGCACCUUUAUUUAUGGUUCUGCUGUGGGUAAAACCAAUCACUAAGGACUACAUUAUGAACCCACCUUUGGGCAAAGAGAGCAUCCCUUUAAUGUCAGAAGAUACAUUUGAUACUGUGAGGUUGUGGAUUAUAAUCCUGUUGUGUGCUUUACGGUUGGCUAUGAUGCGUCAUCAUUUACAGGCCUAUCUGAAUUUAGCCCAGAAAAGUGUGGAUCAGAUGAAAAAGGAAGCUGGCAGAAUAAGCGUGGUUGAUUUACAGAAAAUGGUGGCUCGUGUGUUCUAUUAUCUUUGUGUAAUUGCAUUGCAGUACGUUGCACCAUUGGUAAUGCUCCUUCACACAACUCUGCUCUUGAAAACACUAGGUAAUUAUUCUUGGGUCAUCUACCCAGAAUUGAAUUCUGACACUCCAGUAGAAAACAGUCUGCUUCCCAGUUCAGUUUAUUCUGAGUCUCCACCUGCUGAUGGAAAGAUGAAAGUAACUGUAGUACAAAUAACAAUGGCUUUGGGAAGCCUGAAGAAUAUUUUCACUCCUCUGCUGUUCCGAGGUCUCCUGUCUUUCCUCACCUGGUGGAUUGCUGCUUGCCUCUUUUCUACAAGCCUUUUUGGGCUUUUCUAUCACCAGUACCUGACUGUGGCGUGAACAGGUCAACUGACAACACAAGUGUGAGAUCAAAUGCUAGACACAAACCCAGGUACCCAGGAGGAGAUGAAGAGAAAAGAAGAAAACUAUAUAGGAAGAGAAAACAUAUCAGAAUUUUUUUUAAACACUUCCUCUGUGUUCUCAGGGUGAAUAUUCUUAUAAUGUUUAAAAUCACAACUGGGUUUGUUAUUUUUGUUACGCAGAUGGUAGGUAACUAAUUGAAUUAUAGUAUCAGGACUGACUGAUGUUAUUGUGUGGCAGGUGGUGGAGAGCAUGCUGAAAUGAUACGACCUUUGAGUAUCUUCGUUUUCAUAAACAGCAAGCCGACCUCAAAACUUUGUGUUUUAAGCAUCAACAGUCAGUGACUGAACUGUGUUAGAAGGGUACUGGUUAUAGUGAUGGUGGCUGCCUAUCGAUUAAAUCUUGAAUCUGAGCCAUAGAAGGAGAGAGGGGAUGUAAAAAAAAAUUCUGUUGGAUAGCUAUAGAUCACUUUUCUCCAUGAAAAAUGAAAUAAUCCAACAGGACAAAAGAGUUACUGUAUAUUACAGUCAAGAAAGUUGUAUACCAUUUAAAUUUAACAGGAAUAGAUGUAUGGACCUGACAGGUAUUGCUGCCUAAAUAUUUUGCAGGAAUGCUUGUACAGUAAGAGGAGAGUUAUAAAAAAUAUAUUAUUUCAGUCCCUGCAGUCAUUUUGAAGUAAUGGCCAUUUGUAUUGGUGCUAAUACUGAUCCACAGAUUCCAUUUGGAUCUUUUAAAUUUCCUGGUUUUAGGUAAUAGAUAAAUUCAGUUGAAUUCACAAAAUAAUAGAAGAUUAGUGACACCAAUCAAACCAAUCAUUUCAAAACAAAACAUUUAAAUCCUGCUGACUGAGAGUGUAUGUAUCUGUGUAAUGUACAUAUAAAUAUAUAUUAUAUAUUAGAUAUAUAAUAUAUAUGAAGUUAUAAAAUAUGGAAUCUUUAUUUUAAAUUACUGAAUGUAUCUUACAGGGCCGUGGGAGAGGGAUGUAUGUGUAUCUAGUAACUUCAAGAUCCCUUUUGAAAUGAAAAUUAAAUUUUUUUUGAAAGUUCAGUUGAAAGGGCUAUUUGUUUUUGGUGCCUCUUCAAAGGUACGUAGCUAUACUAAAGAACUUUUGCUCUUUUGGAAGAAAAGAUCUACUUAAACUGUUAAUCUUGAAAUUUCUGCUCCGUAAAAUCAUCAUCUUUUGCCACUCUAGUCUGUGUUAACUUGGCUAUGUAGUAACAACUAAUAUCUCCUAGCUUCAGAAAUAGAUUUUCAAUAUAAUAAAACACCUGUAGUAAGGAGGAGCAAAGCAUUCACUUUACAAGUUUUGCUUACCUGGAGGGAUAGAUUCCAAGUAUAAAACCAUUGCAAAACAAAGUAGAAUGACAAUUUUUCAGAUGUUUUGUGUAACUGCAAAACAGGAAUGGGAAUUUAUAUGUAAUAGCUUUUUUAAAAGGUUAGUAUUACAGUUUGCAGAGGUCAGUGGGUUUUUUAAACUAAUACUAGCUGUUUUUAUGUUACUGUUCUUUUUCUCUUGAAUUUGUGUACAGCUUUGGCAUAUAAUUAGCAUUUAUAAAUGGAAAAGCUUAACUAAAUAUUUAAUAUGUAGCAAACCUACCAUAUGGGAAAACAAACUGUCAAUGAAUGCAGAAAAUCAAGAGUUAAGCUGGUGAUAAAUUGUCUUACUACGUUGAAUGCCUUUUAAGUUAUUUAUUAGUUUAUUAAAUUGCAUUUAGUGAUAAUGGGGAAAGAUUUGUGUACACCAGCUAGUACCUACUGCAUGAGUUUAGGAUGUCUGAACACCUUGCAUGAUUCUGCUGGUUUCAUUGCAGUGUAGUAUUUCAGUGCUACUGGUGCUGCAAGCUUUGUUUUUUCAAAACAACUUUUCAUAACUAACAGGGACAAAGGCUUAACUGUGCAAAUUGGCCUGAAGAAAAAUAUUUGACUUCAUAGAUUCAAAUCUCAAAACAUUCCUAGGAAAUGUCUUUCAGAUGAAUAGAAUGACAAAAUAUGACAGGUCCAGCAGUACUGGAGCCACUUUUUAUUAGUUUGAGAUGUAAUGUUACUAGUAGUAUAAAUAAGGCCAGCUUUUAAAUUAUAGUUAGGUAUCCAAUGUUAAUGUUUUAUUCUGGAAAACAAUAUAGUGCAGUUUGAUAGCGAACUUUCCUGAAGAAACUCACUAUAUAGGGGAUAUAACCUACUGUUGCAAUCAGAAAGGUAGGAAUAAACUUUGGAUACUGGAGAAGACUUCAAAAUAAUGUUAAGUAACAGUUUACGUUGGCAUAGGUAUUUAUUCUGAAAGUUCAAAAAUAAAACUGAACUGUAGUUACAUAAUAAUGCGUUCAGCAAAGGUAAUUGAUUGUGUGUGUAGCUGAGCUUCACAGAGCUUUUGUAAGAGCUCAUGCUGUCUUAUUCUUCAGACGUCACACUGAUCACAGUGAAAAAUAGGCACCUGGAUGUUGCUAACAUUAAGAUCAACGCUUCUAGCCAUUGCUGUUUCAUUGUUCCACAGAACUGAAUGGUUGACCUUCUGGUCAGCAGUCUGAUCCGUGUGGGAGAUGGUCUUUCUUUGGAUCCAUUUAAUCCUUAGAUGAGACUAGGAGGCUUAUUAGAAACUAAACUGUAUCAAUAAAUGUCUUUGAAGUGUGAGGUGACAGUGAAACUAGAGGGAGCAUAUUGCUAUGGUUCUGAACAGUGCUUCCUACGACUACGUGAUAUGCUCAAAAGUGACUUUUAAAAUAAAAUAGCAACCCUGGUAGUCCUGAAUUCCAUGUAUAUUAUGUAAGCUUCAAAGGAGUAUCUGCUCACUUCUUUAGUAAGUUACUUUAAAACAGCAUCUGACAAAUGCUUUUCUUUUUUUUUUUUUUUUUUUUUUUUUCAUGGCGACCCCCCCCCCUCUUGGGGGGUGUGGGG